AUGAUUCGGUUACCGAAGCUGUAUCAAAGGUUUCUACUGUACUUGUCAGUUUUUGUAGUGAUUGCUCUAUUAUACUUCUUACGGGCACCAAAAAUUAAAGAGUAUACUGAUAUCGAUUACAUUGUCCCGAUAGCACCCGUUGCUGAGCAGUGGCUCCAAAAUAAAGGUCUAGAAGCACUCUCAUAUGAUGAUAAACUAGUAGUAAAUAUUGGCUAUGACCAAUGUUUUCAUGUUGGUCGUUUCUACGAAAGAUGUUUCAAUCGGCAUGAACUUAAAUUAGGUUUAACAGAUAGAAACUUAGGUUUUGAAAGGAGAAGAAUUCAUAAAGACUUAAGAGGUUCCUUUGGACGUAGGUGGUUCGGAAGAUCUGAAUACCUUUACUACGAUGUAUUAUACCUUGCUUCAUUGCACCACUUCGGACCUAAGCUAGAAAAGCUAAAUAUUGACGCAGUAACUGAAAUUUCUAAAUUUCCUAAAGAUAAAUCGGUGCAAUUCAUGGAUGUCUCCGUCACAUUUGAGCCUAUCAGCAUAGAACUUUUGCAAAAAAGGAGUUUUGUUAGCGAUAUUAACAUUCUGUUUGGCGUUGAUUGCGUCCAGCCGAUAGCAAAUUGGACUCUUGAAAAAGAAUUUCCCUUAAUACAAUACACUUACAGUGAACCUGCUUACUUGACUUACAGAUUCGUUGGUUUUCACCCUGUGAACACAGAACCUCAACGGCUGCAAGAAACUAAUGAAGGCAAGUUCAAAAUUGUUCAGUUAGCGGAUCUCCACUUGGGGGUGGGAGAGUCUGAAUGUAUAGAUGAAUAUCCAAAACAUGAAGCCUGCAAGGCUGAUCCAAAGACAGAAACUUUCGUUCAACAAGUUCUUGACAUUGAAAAACCACAGUUGGUUGUUUUUACUGGUGACCAAAUCAUGGGUGACAGAUCCAUUCAAGACUCCGAAACAGUAUUAUUAAAGGCGGUAGCACCCGUUAUUGCAAGAGGAAUUCCAUGGGCAAUGGUAUGGGGAAAUCACGAUGACGAAGGAAGCUUAACACGCUGGCAGUUGUCUGAAAUGGCUUCAGCGCUACCAUAUUCCCUUUUCAAGUUCAGCCCACAUGAUACACGCGAUAACACAUUCGGUGUUGGUAAUUACGUUUAUCAGAUUUUUUCAAACAAUGGUACUGAAGUCCCAGUAAGUACACUCUAUUUUCUGGACUCUCACAAAUACUCUACGGUUGGGAAAAUUUAUCCUGGGUACGACUGGAUUAAAGAAUCGCAGUGGAAGUACAUUGAAAGUUAUCACGAUAUAAACUUGAAGUUUAAAACUGGACUUUCAAUGGCAUUUUUUCACAUUCCGCUACCAGAAUAUUUGAAUAUUGAAUCGAAGAAACAUCCUGGAGAGGGAAAUCCUCUCAUUGGAACUUACAAAGAAGGUGCUACUGCACCCAAAUAUAAUUCUGAGGGGAUAACCACUUUGGACAGACUGGGUGUGGAUGUCGUCAGUUGCGGACACGACCAUUGUAAUGAUUACUGCCUUCGAGAUGACUCUACCUCAAACCAAAUUUGGUUAUGCUAUGGCGGCGGAGGUGGAGAAGGUGGUUAUGCUGGCUAUGGAGGUACAGAAAGACGAAUCCGUAUUUAUGAAAUUAAUGUAAGUGAUAAUGAUAUACACACAUGGAAAAGGUUAAAUGGCAGUCCAAAAGAGAUUUUUGAUUAUCAGUCUAUGUUAGACAGUAAUUCUCUAGAAUCUGUUUAA